AUGAGUUUCAACUUAUUGAAUCGAGAUUUUUCAAAAAAAAAGGAUGUUGCUACAUUAUGUCCUGAUGGAGUUCGUUUAUUUUUUAAAAAUGAAGAUGUUGCCGCCUAUAACAAUUUGAUUUUGAGCCAAUGUGAAAACAAAGUUCUUUCAACGUCCGUAGACGUCAUUAUUGGCGCUAAAAGUGCUGAGCAAGAAGCUAAUUUUAGACUUAAAUUACAUAAAAAAUCUGUUAUUGACACUGGAGGACUGCCGUAUCACAUUACUUUUGUCGUUGGAAAGCAUUAUGUUAUUACAACUAACAUCGACGUUACUGAUGGCUUGUGCAAUGGUGCUGUUGGGAAAUUGGUACAUCUAGAAUUUGAUGAAAGUAACACAUUAAUAAGAGUUUGGCUGGAAUUUUGUGGUUCAGAUAAAGCGGGUAGGAAAAAAAGGCAAAAAAGCAGCCGCUCUAGCAGUGCAAAACAGAGUUCCCUCUCGCUGUUCCCAUUGAAUUACGAACAGCAAAUUUUUCAUUAA